AUGGCGGUCGGCCUGAGCUUUGCGUGAGAGAUUAUUCAUCAGCGGAUCUCAUAUUAAAUGACACGGGCAGUUUAGCGGAGGAGUUCCUGCCACUGCACACUGCCGCCCUCUGGAGGCGAGGGGAAGUACAACAGCGCUGAUCCGAUAUAAUUACCAGCGUGGUCCUGCUGCUGGCCUGUGUGCUUUAAGCUCUUUCCCUGCCUCAAACAGCAGCGUGCAUCAAAUCAAUGCAGAUCUGACUGUCAGUAUCACUCAGCUGUAGUUGUGAAAAAGGUCAUGGAGACCAGCUCCGCCCAGCAACCAGAGCUCACCCCGCCCAGCGAGGAAUGGGAGGAGGCUGUGCGGCGGGGGGGUGACGGGACAGACCAGGAGGAGGUGGAGGAGAGCGCUGAGGAGGAGGAAGGACAGGGAAAGGUAGGAGGAGGAGUUGGGGGAGGGAGAGUUGGGGGUGGAGGCUACGCCUGCCGGAUCUGCGGCUUCCACGCAGGGGACGUGCGAGACCUGAGCCAACACCUGCACACUGUCCAUCCCGUCACCAGCCUGGCCCCACUGAGCGCGUGCGAGAGCGAGGCCACAGCCAAGGAGCCCACAGCAUCGCCCAUGGAGACAGACGGGGGGCGGGCCAGCCGGACGGGGAGCGUCCAGUCAGAGAGGGGGUCUCCUGGUGCCGGCCAGGGGGGCUCCCAGAUCCCCAACGGCAAAGCCCACCUACCCACGGGACGGCCUGCCGAGGACUGCAAGGGCAGUGGGGCGGGGGGCGGCUCCGUGCACAACCGCACCUCGGUGGUGUGUCUCCCCCUGGUGGCGGAGGGGCUGAAGCUGGUGUGGACACGCUCGGACCAGACGGAGGAGCUGGACGAGGUGCCGGAGCUGGUGCAGGCCUUCAAUGCCUUCCCGUACCCCACGCUGCAGGAGGUGGGCGCGCUGUCUCGCCGCUGCGCGCUGCCCGCCGACACCGUCAAGGUGUGGUUCAUGGUGCAGCGCAUCCGCUACGGCAUCAGCUGGGCGUCGGAGGAGAUCGAGGAGACGCGGCGCAAGCUGUGCGGGCUGCAGGAGCGGCAGCCGGAGGACGAGGAGGAGGACGAAGAGGAGGACGAGGACAGCGAGGACGACGUGUGCGCGUACAGGGCGGAGUCCUGGGGAAGUGGGCCCCGGCGCUGCGACCGCGACGGCGGCCUGUUCCGCCGUCACCGCCCUCUGGCCCCGCCCCGCUGCCCGUUCGGCCGCCGCCCCACGGGGAGCCGGCGCAGACUGGACGCCGCCCCCAGCCCACUGUUUGUGAUGGCGCCCCCUGGCUGGCGGGGCAGCGCGCGCAGCAGGAAGUCGAAGGCGCAGCUGCGGGCGCUGAGGCACAGCUUCCUGCGGGACAGCUGGCUGUCAGAGGCGGAGCUGCGGCGGCUGCAGGCGGAGACCGGCCUCACCCGCGCCGAGGUGCGCAAGUGGUUCAGUGACAGCCGCUACCAGCUGCGCAACAACGGCCAGCGCCCGCCUUGCGAAGGCCACGCCCCUGCGGGAGGCCACGCCCCUGCGGGAGGCCACGCCCCUGCAGGAGGCCAUGCCCCCGCUGGCCCCGAGGACACCCGCUUCGCUGAGGAGAAGGGCGCGGCUGGCAGGAGGCCCAGGGAGAGGCUGGGCCGGGCGAUGAAGGAGGAGGAGGAGGAGGAGGAGACCGCCCCAGGCGAGAGGGAUGCUCCGCUCGGCGACCCGGCCAGCAGCACGCCCUCCCCGCCGCUGGGCUCCACCCUGCUCACGAGCACGGGCCGCAUGCGCAAGACCAAGGAGCAGCUGGCGGUGCUGAAGCAGUUCUUCCUGCGCUGCCAGUGGCCGAGCAGCGAGGACUACACGCGGCUGGUGGGCUGGACCGGCCUGCCCCGCGCCGACGUCAUCCAGUGGUUCGGCGACGCGCGUUACCGCGUGAAGAACGGGAACCUGCGCUGGGUGCGCGACGAGAAGGAGCACCAGCAGAUCGUGGCGGAGAUCUCGGGGCCCGGCCGGGGCCGGCGCAGGCUGCAGGAGAACGGGGCCGACGCCGCCGAGUCGGGGGCGGAGAAGGGGCGGAGCGGGGGAGGCGCUGGGAAUUCUGGGACGGACAUCCGGCCGCUGGAGAUGUACUGGCGGCACACGGGGGCGCUGCAGGAAAAGGACCUGGACGCCCUGUGCAGGAAGGCCGGGAUGACCCCUCAGCAGGUGCGCGACUGGUUUACCUUCCAGGAGAGCGGGAUGGCGGAGGUGGAGGUCAAUAUCAGUGACUGAGAGCACUGGGGCUCUGUGCUCCUGCAUCAGAGACUGAGAGCACAGGGGCCCUAUUCUUGGGUGGGGGUCAACCUGUAGAAAUCUAUC